AUGAAGGGAUACCAGGUCUGGAUCGUCGUGUUGGCCCUAGUUGCGGCCAAUCUGCAGUAUGCGACGGCGCAAAUCGACAGUACGGUCAUUAGUCAACGGAGCAGCAUCACCUCUACCAUUACCUCGUUUACCAACAAUGUGCAAAGCAAGGUCUCCGAUUAUACGAACAAGUUGACCAGCAUGAGCAACGACGUUACCUCGCAGCUAUCGUCGGCUUCCCAAACGCUAACCACGUUCUUGUCGGACUCAGUGAUCGGCGCUAGUGCUCUAGCAAUGUCCGAUGUCGUAGCGUCUUUUUCAGCAACUCUGUCCGCUAGCGUAUCGGCCACGGUUACCACUUUGACCGCGGGAUUCACAUCCGUUGGCUCCUGCGUUGCUAACAAGACCCAGCUCUCUGUAAAUGUCGUUUUCAGUGAACUAGUGACUGCCAGCGCGAACGUUACCUCAGCGCUCACUUCGUCGAGCUCCUCGAAUGCCAAUAACUGUCGUGGGAAAUACUCCGGAAACGCGAACGAUUUUGUUGGCCAGUCCGCCAGUAAGUUCCAGGAUUGCCUGAAUGGCGAAAGCACCGAACAGAGCCGUGUUUCGACCAUUCUGAACGACUACAACUCGAUCAUUCGUCAGAAUUAUCAGGCAUUCAACAAUCAGGUACGCUACUGUUCCGGCCUCGGAUCGGUUAGCUCGCGUGCGGAGGUGAAGAGCCAAAUUAAAGCCUGUUUCUUAGCGGUGACCAACGUUGCGGCUCCUAUCUUCAAGGCAACCAUGGCACAGCAAAUUACCUACGUUACGACAAUGCUGCAACUCGAGAUAGUGGCUUCCAACAACCGUGUUAGGUCGUGCAUCUCCCAAGUUUCAGCAACCUACAAAGCAAUGGCCGAUGCCAUCCUUGCUGUUGUCAACAACUGUCUUGUUACAGGACAAUAG